CCCGCUCCCAAACCAAACACCUUUUGUUUCAAACUUUUGUUUUUAAUUGAUGUUUUCGAGAUAUUUAGGUGUGUUAAUUUAAGAAACUCACCCUGUAUGUAUGUUCGAAUUUAGCGCGUUCUCAAAAAUAUCGACUCGCUUGUGAUAUCGAUAGCGUCGCGGCGACCACGGCGCCGGAAGCUAGGAGCGCGCUACCGAUCCUCUUUUGUUGUUACCGGUCCGUGCUUGCGACGCGACGAGCCGCGUUACGCGCCAUUCGCUCAAGGUCCGCGAUACCGAAAGCACGUUUCGAGGUCGUUGUUCUUUUGCUCGCUUUGCAAGAAUUGUUCGUAUAAGCGUAAUCCCGAUAAAGUACGGUCGAGUGAGAUCGUUCGGUUGUAUCAAUUAAUUGUGCGAGGCGUGAUUCUGAAUAUACUGAAGAAUAUUCUGCUCGGAAAGUAUCGUAUAAAGCUGCGUCAUUGCAUAAUUACUUUCGAGGUACCGGCCUCGCGCCCGCGUUACCGCGCAUGGUGUGAUCCUCGAGAUCACGACCGGAUUGAUUCCUGCGUGCGUGCGAUUUCCGUGCUCAUUACCGCCUGAGAGAAAGAGAGAGAGCGAGGACAUUCCAGCCGACGCACGAGGGACGAAGGAUACGAGUGCUUAAUAAGAAGGACGAAUUACGCUAGCUAUCGAGAAUUGCAUCCCUGGUUAAUGCCGCCUAUGACGAUCGAGCUGAGUUCUUCAACGUUAAGUACUUCGUUUCUUUUUCUUUCCGUAUUUCGGAUAAGCGUGGACCACGCCAUUGCGGGCUCUUUUAAGCCCUUCCGAUUACAUCGGAUAACGCUGUCUAACGACGGUCUCUAUCGCGGAUAUAUGGGAAGGAAAAGAUUGGUUAAAUCAGAAAGUCUAGUGGAAGGAUCCAAGUUCCUGGUGCGGGCGGGAUAUAGUUACUGGACUCUUGGUUACAUUUUAUCGGAGAGCGGAGCGAAGAAACUGAUCGGUGCUAUGCCUUUAGAGAAAUUAAUUCCUGUUGAUGAAUUCCUUCCAAUUCUUUCGGACACGCAUCCUAAGAAACAGUGGGUGGCUCAAUUUCCUACUCGGGAUUUGAUUAUCUUAUCAACGAAUCCACUUUUAAUUUAUCCGACGCAUUAUACCGGCGAGGAUGGACACAUCAGCGACACGGAAGACUCGAAACUCGUGCAUGAUACUUCCACGCUUACCGAUUUGGAAAAUCGAGAGGAACUAUGAUCAAAAAGAGACCGUGAAAUAAAAAAAUAGCGCUUAUCUAGUCGAAGAAAUCAACUGCCAACAACCUGUAAAUUUAAUUGCAAAUUAAAAAAGAUUUUUUAACGUAAAA